UACCUAUUUUUUAAUGUUUCAGAAUGAAUAGAACUUCAAUUAAAAUUUAAAAUGGCGCUCAUGUUGUUGUUUCUGCUUGUGACAGUAUGCGUUUCCGCGCCAAUUAAAAGAGAUGAAUUUAAGAAUGACAUAGUAUCCGAGGUUGCGGUAAAGCUUGAAGGAUUGAAUUUAACUGCAGUAUUCCUGGAACUAGAGUUCUACAAGGAGAAGAUAAAAGAUAUUGAUGAUCAUGAGUUUAGUGAUCGGUUGGGUAAUGACGGGUUCCUAGGAGUCCUGGAUCCUGGUAGUUCUAUACCUGGCUCCAGGUACCUGGGUAAACAUCUCUCAACCUUUAUAGAGGUUCUCCAGCUGGGACAGGUUGCCUACGAGGUAGAGAAUAGUUUGUUCGGUGGAGCGUCCUGUACAGCUUGUAAAGCAGGACUUAUGUUUCUUAACUAUUAUCUUCACUCCGGGGUUACCUUGGAGCAGGUUAUCCGGGAUACCAACAUGAUGUGCUCAACUUUCAGAAUGGUUUCUCCGCGUAUCUGUAGCGGUCUAGUAGAAAGCUUUGGUCCCGAGAUCUAUACUGUAGUCAGUAAUAUCUCUCAGUCUCCAGAGGAGAUGUGUGGAUUCAUGUUCGGAGAAGCUUGCAACAAUCCUUACAAUCCUAAGCACGAAUGGACCAUACUCCUCCCCCCUGUUAGUAAACCUAAUUACUCCGAACCUGAGUUGAGUACUGGAGAAACCUUCAGGGUUCUCCAUCUCUCGGAUACACACUGGGAUCCGUUCUACCAGGAAGGAUCGAAUGCGAACUGUGGAGAACCUCUGUGUUGCAGAAGUACCAGCAGUGCAGUUUCUGAUCCUGAAGAUAAAGCAGGAUAUUGGGGGGACUACAGGAAAUGUGAUACUCCUCUGAGAACAAUAGAAUCUAUGUACCGACAUAUCAGUAAGAAGCAUCCUGACAUAGAACUAAUCUAUUGGACCGGAGAUCUUCCUCCUCAUGAUAUCUGGAACCAGACAAGACAAGGGAACCUCGAGGUUCUCCGCCAAACUUCAAAACAAUUGAGACAACAUUUCCCAGACAAAGUUAUCCUCCCGGCCCUGGGGAACCAUGAAUCCGUCCCAGUAGAUUCUUUUCCUCCGCCCUUUGUACAAGGAGAACAUUCAAUAUCCUGGUUGUACUCUGCGCUGAACCAGGAGUGGACCCAGUGGAUCGGAGCUGGUCACGGGCCUACCCUGAGAUACGGAGGAUACUACUCUGUCAAUACGGGUCCUGGGCUCAGGGUUAUCUCGUUGAACAUGAACUACUGUAUGAACAAGAAUAUCUGGUUGCUCAUGAACUCAACUGAUCCUGCUCAAGAGUUAAAGUGGUUGGUUUACGAACUUCAGCUUGCAGAAUUUAAAGGAGAGAAAGUUCAUAUUAUUGGACAUAUUCCACCUGGACACAUUGACUGUGUUGAGGUCUGGAGUAGAAACUAUAACAGAAUUAUAAAUCGAUAUGAGCACACUGUCACAGCUCAGUUCUUUGGACACACCCAUGCGGACGAGUUCGAGCUCUUCUUUGACCUGGAGAACCGAACCCGUCCCAUCAACAUUGCCUACAUUGGUCCAUCCGUUACUCCGUACUACGGAUUAAAUCCGACCUACAGAAUAUACGAAGUAAACGAAGCAGACGGUCGGGUUUUGAAUCAUGAAACCUGGUUUAUGGAUCUGGAGAAAGCAAACGCUAGUCCGGAUACGGAGCCAACCUGGGAUAGACUUUACUCCGCUAGAGAGGAUUACAAGCUAGAAUCUCUAUCCCCUUCUAGUUGGCACAAUUAUAUUAAAAACAUUCAGAAGAAUGAAGAAGCAUUUCAUCAGUUCUACUUCAACUACCAUACAGGGAGUAAAGAGCGCCCAGACUGCGAUCCAAUCUGUAAAAGAAAAAUCAUCUGUAACUUGAAAACAUCCCAGUCUCAUAACAGCAAGGAAACCUGCAAGGACGAGAGAUCACUGAGUUAUUUUGACUGGAACUACUGGUUUUCUGACUAAGACAACACAACCUGUGAUAUUUAUAUUUAACUAAACCUGACAGAUAUUUAUUUAUUUAUAACUGAUUCUAGAUAAAAUGUUCGCCAGGCUUAUCUCAACCCGAGGACUCGCUACUAGCGCAGCAAGACGAGGAGGACAUGGAGUUCCACCUCCAGGAGACAAUCUCCCAUUCUCAAUCAAUAACAGGUUCAAGCUUACUGCAUACUUCAUCCUCUUCUUCGGCAGCGGACUCACAGUUCCAUUCUACGCUAUGAGGCAUCAACUUCUCAAGAAGUAAACUUAGAUAUCUUGUCCUAUUGUUAGUCUCAUGUAGAAAUAUUUCAGA